AUGGCAACCAAUUGCAGUAAUUGUGGUGUUGGUGAAAAUCUUCAGAUUAAUGAACAUUCAGUAGUAUGGUGUUCGGAAUGUGAUGAAGGACUUGAUAAAGAGCGCGAAAAUCAUAACUCUGAUUCCAAGGCGUCAAAAAGCCAUGAAACCGUUUUUAUCGCCGAAUACAAAACAUUACCGACCGAAGUCAUACACAUCGCCCAGACCUGCAAACUUCAUAAUGAGAAAUUCAAACUUUUCUGUAGAGACCACGAUUGUCCAUGCUGUCAGAAAUGUGAGAAUUCUCACACCGACUGUAAAAGUUUAACGGACAUAAAUGUACUCGUAAAGAACAUCAAAACUUCAAACGCUUUUUACGAAUUCGAACAGACCCUGCUGGAAGUCGUCCAGAAUAUUAAACAACUCCACACUAACAGGAGAGAAAAUUUAACAUUGCUAGAAAAUAAGAAGAGAGAAAUUGAAGCCGAAAUAAAACAAAGCAGGGUACAUAUAAAUCAUCACCUUGAUAAACUCCAAGAUGACUUGAUUAACGAACUAGUGAGAGUUGAACAACAAGAAAAUAGAAAAAUAGAAAAAUUAUUGACUACUCUGAAAAAGAAGGAAUCAGAUAUCAUUGAGGUACAAGAAAACAUUGCUAGUAUUAAAAAGCAUGCGCCUGACCUUCAAACGUUUUUAACCAUGAAAAAUAUCGAAAAAGAUAUUUCAACCGAAGAAAAAUUUAUUCAAUUGAUUACCACAAGUGGAUCCACAAAUCAAGUCAAUAUUUCAUUCCAGAUUAACAAGUCUUUGCAGCAAAUAUCUGCCAUCGUACAGAAGUUUGGGGAAAUUAAUGUCAGUUCUGAUCCAUGUGAUUUUUCCAUUCAGAAAAGGAAGGAUAGACAAGCUCAGAUUAUGAUAGCUUUUCCAACCAGAAAUAUUGAUAACCUAACUCUGAAAUUACAGAAACGUAUCAAUACAGGGUUGUCAAAUGUUCAUAGUUGUUCACUGCUUCCUGGCGAUAAGAUGGUAUUCUCGAGUUCUAGCCAACAAAAGAUAAAAGUGCUCAAGUCUGACGGAUCGAAAGAUUUUCAAAUAAAGAAAAUCGGUCCCACUUUUAAUGUGGUAUUUAGUGGUGAUGAUUCUAUUGCUGUAACUUCUGGCUGUUCAAAUCAGAUUAAUAUAAUCGACUUAAAGAAGCACAAACUGAAGAAAUCAAUAACAGUGAAUUCAUAUAAUUCUGGACUAGUAUACAAAGAUGGACAUUUGAUUUAUUGUGCCCAAGAAAAAGGAAUACAGAUGAUCAGUCUGAAUGAUGAAACAAUUACCAAUGUUAGCAAAACCCAACUUCCAGAUUUUGCGUACGUUGCAGCAUUAGGUGACAAACUGUACUACACACAUUAUAGAAAUCACAGUGUAACCUGUUGUGAUUACCAUGGUAACACACUGUGGACGUUCUGUGAUAGAAAUGUUCUGAUGUCUCCAUUAAGUAUAUCUGUAGACAAUGAUGGUAACGUGUAUGUAGCAGGAUUUGAUUCUAACAAUGUGGUCGUUAUUUCUCCUGAUGGACAACACUACAGACAACUCUUAUCAAGUGAAGAUGGACUGAGAUUGCUAUGGGCUCUACAUUAUGACAAAUCUACCAAUAAAUUGUUGGUUGCAAAUCGAUUCAAUGAAGCCUUUUUGUUUGCAAUCGAAUGA